GCAGGUUUCAUUCGAAGCAAAAUCAGUUCAUUCUAUAAGGUGAUGGAAAACGUUUGCCAUAGCUGUAUCUGAGAGGAAAAAAAAAUGAGGAACUGGUGACAGAAAUAUGCAGAAGUUAGUUCUUUUCAUAUUGUGACGCGACUGCGCCGGUAGCACUUUCAGAUCCUCUAUCUAUCUCGACUGGCUUCCUUUAGAUCUGGUGCAGCCUGCGCGCGUCAGUUUACAAUUCUACAAAAAAAAGUGUCACCAGCAUACUUGAGACAGAAACACCCCCGCUCCUCCAUGAUAAUUAUCACACAGCCGCUCUGGGUCUCGCUUUGUGCUCUCUUUCUCAGUCUCUGCCCACAACUGCAAGAGACCUUAAAACUUUUUUUUUUUUAAGGAAAAUAUAAUUAUAUACAUAAAUCUAACUGCUCGCUAGACUUCUUUAUCUGGUCGAAAAAGGCAAAUCUCCCGGGAGAGGACAUGCAAAGGGAGUGAGCGAAAGGCUGCAUCUCAAAGGGAAGCAGAGAGCCCAGUCCAGGAGAUGGAGGACUGCAGUCUGCCCCUGGGUCGUUUGGGAGAGAAGGCUCUGAGACGCCUGGCAGAGAUGCUGGACAACCCCACCUGUGGCUGGAGGAGGCUGGCCACGGCGGUGAGCGAGGAGCCCCGUCUGUGCAGCAGUAAGGAGCUGGAGAGUUGCUCCCUGCAGGUUCUGAGCUCCAAUGGCAGCCCGAGCCGGUACCUCCUCUCCCAGCUGUCGGACCGGGCCUGUUCCGUGGGGUACCUGCUGCAGAGCCUCAAGAAGAUUGACCACAAGGAGGCUGUCCAGUACCUGACAGCCGCAGUUGUCGCUUUGACGGAGCCGAUCAGAGUGGAGGUGCAGCCUCAGUCCCAGAGCAGCUCCGAAGGGGGGGUGGUCUCCCUGAUGUGCCAGGCUAGCGGCCCCCCAGGACUGGGCUACCAGUGGUUCAAAGGGAAAGAGGAGGUCCUGCAUGGUACAAGUUCAGAGCUGGUCCUCAGCCCGCUCCGGCCAGAGCACCAGGGUCACUACAUCUGCCGCAUUCACCUGGGGGAGCAGUUUGUGUUCUCGAAGUGGGCUCAGGUGCGAGUGUCCAGGAGCAGCAGCCUCAGCUCAGUCAGCGGGCUCUUCCCUUCAGCAGUGUCCAGGCUGCAGAUCCUCUCCCAGCCCCAGCCCCUGGCUCUGGGGGAGGGAGACCCCUUGUCCCUCGAGUGCGUCGCCGAGGGCAACCCCCCGCCACAGUACCAGUGGUACCGCAACAAACAGCCCCUCCCCCAGGCCCACCGAGCCUGCCUUCAGAUCAGCUGUGUUACCACGGUGGAUCGGGGCCAGUACAGCUGCAGAGUGUACAACAGCUACCAGGAGCUGUGGAGCCAGGAGGUGCACGUGGAGAUCGGUCCUGGCUCUUUUACAGGCCUGCCCUGGGAGGAGGCUAAUCAAGACUCCCCUCAAGCACAGCCGAGCACCCCCACUCGACAGCUCAGUCCAUUCUAUGCCACAGACAAGGUGGCGUUGCUGAUGGGCAACAUGAAUUACAAGUUCCACCGGCAGCUGCGCGCCCCCAUGGCAGACGUGCACGAGCUCGCCAACCUGCUGCGUCAGCUCCACUUCAAGGUGGUGUCUCUGCUGGAUCUGGACAGGCAGGAGAUGCACAGCGCUGUCUGCGAGUUCCUGCUGCUGCUGGACAGGGGUGUCUACGGGCUGCUGUACUAUGCCGGUCACGGGUACGAGAAUUACGGGAACAGCUUCAUGGUCCCGAUUGACGCUCCCGCCUCCUACACUUCGGAGCACUGCCUGUGGGUGCAGGACAUCCUGCAGCGCAUGCAGGAACGCAGGACGGGCCUCAACGUCUUCCUGCUUGACAUGUGUCGCAAACGGAAUAUGAACGAUGACAUCAUUCCACAGCCGGGGGCCCUGAAGGUCACAGCGAAUAUAGUCUUCGGAUACGCCACGUGUGUCGACGCGGAGGCGUACGAAGUGAACAAGGGCUGCCUCUCCAACGGGAUCUUCAUGAGCUUCCUGAAAGAGCGCCUCCUGGAGGACGAGAAGGUCACGGUCCUGUUGGACAAAGUGGCUGAAGACAUGGGGCGGUGUGAGAUCACGCGUGGCAGGCAGGCUCUGGAGCUGCGCAGUAACCUCUCAGAGAGAAGGGCGUUGAGCGACAGGAUCCUCCCUCCGGAUUGCGAGGAGGACUCGGCCAGGAACCUGCAGUGGGCCAUCGCACACGUUCUUCCAGAGUGCAGGCACCUGUGUUUCGAUUGUGGGGUGCGAGUACAGCUGGGGUUCGCUGCUGAGUUCUCCAACAUCAUGAUCAUCUACACACGCAUCCUGGAGAAGCCAUCUGAGAUCAUCCACUGCGAGACACGGCUCAUUGACUUCCCGGAGGACCUGGAUGUGGAUCUGAAGAUCACCAAUCGGCAGCUCCCUGAGGACACAGGCAGCCUGCUCUUCACAGUGGACAGCUUCCAGUUCCCAGAGUCUUCGUGCCUCUACACCCGGCUCAGUGCGCUGCAGAGACUCAAGAGGGAGCUGAAGUUCUCACUGUGUCUGCAAUACCAGUACUGCCACAUGGACGAGUUUGUGGAGGAGAUCCAAACAGUCAACGUGGGCAAACCCCUGGUGGCCAAACUCAACCUCCACGAGUCCACGCCUCCCCCCUUCUCCCCCGUCUUCGACCUCCGCUCGCUAAGCUUCACGGGGGAACCCUGCAGCAGCCUGACCAGCCUGGGCACCUCAGGGGCCUCAUCUCUGGGCUCGGCCUCCACCUGCUGGUCCUACCACUCCAAUCCAGGGGAGCUCCUGGACCCAGCCUCCCCAAGAGUCAACCUGCCUGAGGAGACCGUCAGCCCUGAGUUCCUGGAUCUGGAGGCUCCUAGGCCGCUUUCCGAAAACCCGCAGGGUUUCACUUCCAGCGCCAGCAUGCCCUACACUGGCUUGGGAGACGUCCCCUUUCAAUUCAGAAGCAAGCAGGAUUUUAAUAGCUUUUAAUGAUGUUUGCUGCAGUUUAUAGAGCUAGGAUGGCAUGAAGGCUUAAGAUUGUAAGCUAUACAGAGUGUUUCUUAAAGCUGAGGGAACAGUGGGUUGAAAUCUGGUUCCAGGAGACUGGGAGAGCUACUUUGAGGCAGCUUUGCUGUAUCAAACCCUAAGUCCCCUCUGGUGUGCCAUGCAGUGGCCUGAAACCAGGUUCCAAACCACAAAGUGGCUUCGUGUUCCCUCAGCUCGAGAAUGCUGAUAAUUUUAAUCAGACAUGCAGUGUAUCUGCUGAAGCUUAAAAACUAGCAGUGAUAACAAAAAUUCAAAUAAAAACUCUGACUGCUAUUUAAGGACUCAUGCUAGUUUAAGUUUGCCCAGUAAAGUCUUAGUAAAUCGUUUUUGCUGUUUUUUUGCUUUUCUCAUACUUAGAGGACGAUGUGACUUCCUAAUUAAAGGUUUUUAAAGGAAGAUGAUUGAUAGCGUUGAGUCGCAGACAUCAUCGAACCUUAUUAACCCAACCCCAGCUAACCCCUCAACACCAGUGUAAUGUUUACUGUAUAUUCACCAAACAAAACAUCAGGGAAUAAACUCAAUUAUUCAAAGCA